AUGUUGUUCUUUGCAUCAUUUUCAAAUAAUAUUCAGGCCUGUUUUACAGGUUCUUCUGUUGCUGUUGAACGGAUCUUCUUAUCUGGACAAGAUACUAUUGCUUUUUGUUGUUCAAGCCUUCACCCUGGAACUAUUAGGGACUUGAUGAUGGUAAAGCAUACUUUGAAGGCAGUGAACAAGUCUAUUUAG